AUGCAGGCCACUGCAGAGGUGGAGACAGCUGCUGACAAAGGCUACCACAGUAAAGAAGGAGACAUCCAGAAAGAUGGGCCUUCUAAUCCUGAGAGAGGAAAUGUGCCCUCUUCCAGUGGUUGUAAUGAAGCCAACGUGCCUUUCCGUGGUGAUGGCUGGGGUUCCUUGCCACUAGAACGAAGAGCUAAUGACGAAGAAAUCAGCAAUGCUGGCAACGUAGAUUUACUGGAGCUGUCUUUUACUGCAGGUUCAGAUAGUAACAGAGAGAGUACUCGCUGUCAGUCAAGGGAGUUUGAAGACAGUAUCGACUAUGUUUUCUUGAAUGAAACAUACUCUAUACUUUAUUCAGAGUCAAAACUAAAGAAUCAAAGUCUUAUUCUUUUAAAUUCAGAACUUGAUUCUGAAAUACAGAGAAGAGAGGAGAUGUUUUUUGAUAUUUUGGAACAUAAAGUUAAUAAGAUUAUUGACUUAGACAGAAUCAGGAUUUCAGAUGAUGACUGUGUAGACACUGCUGAGGACGUGGAGAAGCCUGAUGCAGAUGAGGACUCGCAGCAGGAGUAUCUCAGUGCUGAAGAACAAGGGUAUCUGAGUGGCCACUCUUUUCUCGAUCAAGCAGAAACAUUAGACGUAUCCAGCCUGGAAGUUGCUGGGUUAAGAAAUUCAGGUUAUGAAGUUAAACAUGCUGACAGUCUAGAAGUUAAUCACGUAAAGUUGGAAAGUAGCUCUAGCAUCUCUUUAGAUUCAAUUGAUGUUUGUGGACAAGAAGAUUCACCUCAUGUCUCUAAAUUUCAGAAUUCUGUUAUGUUAAGAGAAUAUCAUAAACCAAAGGAUGAACAUUGUAAGGAACACGAGACUGGCUUAAUGUACCACAGAGUAUUUGAUGAGAUUGUCCUAAGGAAUAAUCUUCCUGAAAACCAGGGGUCUCAGUCUAAGAGUGGUUUCUUAAACCCUGAAAAGGCACUCAAAACCAAAAUUUAUACUGGCAAAAUUAAAUCUCAAGUAACUGAAAGUAAAGAUUUUUGUGGAAAUGCGACUGUUGAGAACAAAAUGUUACAACACCUUGAAGAUCAUAGCACAUCACCACAGGACAAAGCUUUAGAGAGAUCACUACAGCCCUGUAAAGACAGUCCCUACACCUCUGUCUGUAACGACUCAGUGGUUUCUGCUAGUGGACAUUCACUUUAUAAAAGCCUGCUGAGCGCUCCUAACUCAGUCCUAGAUUUUCCUGUUACUCUGCCAAGGACUGGAGUCAAAGAUAAUCAGGCAGUAGAAGAAGAUAGCGCCCCAGAAGUUACUGAUGGCAGCGCUGCAGGGAAAACAUGCUUUCACGGUAGGGAAGGGACAUGUCCCAGGUUUGAGACAGGGGCUGCGCAGCACGCUGUCACGGUUAACCAGGCCGUGGAUGCCAGCGCCGAUUUCAGGGCCUGUUUCACAGCCAGCAGAACGACAAGCACAAGGCCCUCCGUAGUGUGCACGUCCAGCAACACGGAGAUCACCAUGAUGAAUAAGAAACGCCCUGGUGAGCUGCAGAGGGGGCGAUACAGAAGCGUGGCUUGUAACACAGACUGGCCGUGCAGUCGGGACAGUGGCGACACGCCGAUGGCUGGGACAGAGGGAUCCCUGGGGAAAUCCCUCUCAGUCGGCAAUUUAAGACCUAAUGGAAACUUCCUAAACAAGGAUUCCCUGGAAUUAAGAAAAACAUGUGACAUUACAGACUUAAAGGAGCAUCCUGAGAGGGAACCUCAACUUCAUAAAGAGAUGGAGAAGAAUUUGCCAUCAAAGUGCUGUCAGAAAACACUGCAGAGAGCCAUCAAAGCAGAGCUGCACCUUUUAAAUAUCCACUAUCAGAUGUGCCAUCGCCAUUGUAGUGACAUCUACAAACUUGUCAUGGAAAAUAGGGAAGGAUUAAAUAGGAAUUUAUCAACUAAUUCUACCAAGAAGGAAUUAGGCUCAGCAUUACUGUCUGUUUUGGGAGACUUAAAAGUUAAAUAUGUGAGUUUGAAAGAAAGAGUAAACCAGGGCAUACCACUGGAGGAGCUGCCCCCCCUGUCAGUAGAAUCAAAGUUGUUAUCUACCUUCUCCACUUUUGCUUCCAGGCUGAUGAAGAAAGAAUCACAUGUCUUUUCAGGAGCAGAUUCUGAACUAGAUAAUCAAAGUACACGUGAUGUUGACGUUUCUUCAGGCCUAAAAAAGACCCUCUCUCAGGUGUCUGUAUUACCCGACGAUAGUCAUCCUAAACAAGGUACAUCACCCAAGGAAGGUGGUUUAAAAAAUGGUGAUAUAGAGGGAUACUUUGGUCAACUGAAACUUGAUGAUAAAGAUUACAAAAAUUAUCAAGACGUAAGUGAAGACUGGUUUGAUGCUAAAGAGAGCCUGACAGGUGUUGACUGCUCAGGAGUACAAGAAAAGCAACUAGAGCAAGACGGAUGGGAUCCGAAGUUUACAGCAGAAAUUAAGAAUGCUGAGCCCUCUCAGAGAGAUAAAGGCUAUUUGGUACAUGUGGGUAGUCUCUGCCCGUCAGUAUCUGAGGCUGAUUUAAGGUCUUGUUUCCAGAAAUACCAAGUUUCCGAAAUUUCAAUUUUUGAUUCUUCUAAUUACAGAUAUGCAUCUCUUGCAUUUAAAAGAAACAGUGAUGCAAAGUCUGCUGCUAAAGAAAUGAACGGGAUAGAAAUAAAUGGGAAAUCAGUCAAUGUGCGACUGGUUAAAAGUCCUGGAGAAUGUACGGCACCACUUUCCUCCAAAAAUGGAAGAAGAAUUAGUUUGAGUAAUUUGGAGAAAAGCACCAACAAAGAAGUCAGCUCAGCUUCCUCUGCUUCUAGACUGCCCAGAACUAGGCCCCGGCAGCUGGUACCUGAGCAAGACAGUGAGUGUUUCCGUUCCGACCAGGAGGGUGUAAAGAAGAAGAAUUGUAAACAGAUUGACUCUACUAAACUAUUACCUGAUACAACUAUUCAAUUCAUACCUCCAAAUACACUGAACCUGCGCAGCUUUACCAAGAUCAUGAAAAGACUUGCUGAGCUACAUCCAGACGUUAGCAGAGACCGUAUUCUUGAUGCUCUUCAGGAAGUCCGGCUAAGUCAUAAAGGCUUCCUCAAUGGCUUGUCUAUUAACAAUAUUGUGGAAAUGACUUCGUCUGUUUUGAAAACCUCUGAUUCCAGUUAGGAGUAAAUGAGGCAGUAAGAGAAUUUCCUUGGGAAGCAUGAGUUCCCUCCUACAGAAAAUGUUCCUCAGCACUUAGGAAAAACUGGUGGUAAUAGUAAGAUGAUGUGAUUAAAUAGACUUGAUUAAUAGAUUCUGGAAUAUGUAUAUUUUUAAGCAUUCGAGGUAAUUACUGCUAAUACAUUUUAUGCAUUUUUAUGACUUCAUUGUAAAACACUUGGAGGUAUUUU